AUGAAAAAUGACUUUAUUGUGGCACAAAUUUAUGUGGAUGACAUUGUCUUUGGCGCAACUAAAGAUACCGUUGCGACUGAAUUUGCAAAGUUGAUGACUAGUGAGUUUGAGAUGUCGAUGAUGAGUGAGCUUUCAUAUUUCCUUGGUCUUCAAGUUAAACAAUUAAAGGAAGGAAUUCAUUUAUCUCAAACCAAGUAUGCAAAGGAACUGGUUAAGAAAUUCGGUUUGGAUGGAGCAAAGAACUUUGAUACACCGAUGGGAACAAGUAACAAAGGACUCGGACUGGAUGUUGAAGGACAAAGUGUGGAUGAGAAACAGUAUAGAAGCAUGAUCGGCAGUUUACUGUACUUGACCGCGAGUAGACCGGACAUUGCUUUUAGUGUGGGAAUCUGUGCUUGCUAUCAAGUUAAUCCCAAAGAAGUUCAUUUGAAAGCGGUUAAGAGAAUCAUACGAUAUGUUAAAGGUACGACUGGUUAUGGUCUAUGGUAUCCGAUGGGGACGUCUUUGGAUUUAAUUGGCUACUCGGAUGCGGAUUGGGCCGGUUCUGCGGAUGAUCGAAAAGCACAAGUGGAGCAUGCUUUUAUAUAG